AUGAGAAACUAUUAUUUAUUUGUAAUAUUCUCAUUGUUUGUAUUUAUUCAUUAUACUAGUGCCGCAUGGAAUGAUACCAUUUAUAAUGGUACUUGUAGAUUUGCAAAGAAAUAUACUGUUGAUGAUUUAUUAAAUCAUCCAGAUGCAAGAAAAGAAUUUGCAAAAUCAUAUCUUCAUUAUGAAGGAAAUUUUCAUCAACACCUGGUUGGUUUAAAUAUAAACUCUGCUUUCACAAUUGAUGGCAAUAGAAUAAACUAUACUACUGGAAAUAUUACAUCCCAACCAAGAAAAUAUACCGCUGCCAGUAAGGAAUCUCUGCAUCUUUCUGUAUUGGCUAUUGGAUUGAAUGGUUUGACUGCCGAAGGAUAUGAUCCCCUUGAUUUCUUCCACAUACCAAUCGAAAUGACCACCCAAGAAAAAUCAAAAAUCAACACUGGUGACCCACGUUUAGAUAAUGUCUUGGUGAUGUUGUACCGUAAGAUGGACACUCUCGAAAAGUUCAAUACUCAGUACCCAGGUUAUGGUGGUUUUGUAUCGUGGUGCGGUGUUAGCGACACAGGUAUCUCUGGUCCUUCUACUACUGGUGAUACAGUUCCGUCUUUGGACAAUGGUGAAAUGAUUUGGGGUAUCUAUGCCGUUCAAUAUCUUUUGAGAACAAAAUAUCCAGAUCAUGUUAAUCUUGGAAAUCGUUAUCGUACCUACUUUAAUUUACUAGCGGCCAAUGUCAAUCAGGUGUUCCUUAAUACAACUGUAGCUGCAUACUCAGGUUCAAGUGUAAUUUCAAACGUAUCAGAUGUACCAAAAAAUAUUCAAUACAAAUCAGAUAGUGAAUAUUUCCUUGGAGAUCCAUACGAAGGUGAACUAUUCCAGUUGUUUGGUUACUUAUUUGGUAAGUGGUCCAAUCAAACAUUCAGACAAGAGGUUUGGGAUACAACUACAGUAAGACCUCGUACCUAUAAAACUUCAUUUGGUGAUCUUACAUAUCAACUUGGUUACACUUAUUCUAGUCAUGAAUCAUGGAAGGUAAGAGAUUAA